AAGAAGUUGUAUUUUUUUUACUCUUUUUUAGGAUUUUAGGAGGGGAGGCUGAAGACGAUGCCAUGAGGUGUAUCAAUGAGCUCGAUAUUAAUCCACGUUUUGAAUAGCAGAAGGAGGAAGAACUCCACGUUGGUUUCCCGGAGUCCACCUCCUCCUCGGUGUGGAGCUCUGUGGUGAUAUCUGUUUCUAUCUCUGGGCUCUGAGGAGGAGGAACCAUGGUCGAGCUGGAAAAGGAGGUGCUCCCUCUGCCCCCUCGGUACCGGUUCCGAGACCUGUUGCUCGGGGACUGGCAGACCGACGACAGGGUGCAGGUAGAGUUCUACGUGAAUGAGAACACGUUCAAGGAGCGCCUCAAGCUGUUCUUCAUCAAAAACCAAAGAUCCAGUCUGCGAGUGCGAAUGUUUAACUUUUCUCUGAAAGUGCUGAGCUGCCUCCUCUACAUCGUCAGAGUCCUGUUGGACAACCCGCAAGACGGAAGACAUGAGUGCGUGAGCGGAGUAAACUGCACCAAACAAAACACAUCAUCCCGUCCCUGGAGUGAGUUUGACUGGAAACUGAUCAUCUGGGUGGAUAGACCUCUACCGCUGUGGGCGCUACAGGUGCUUGUGGCUUUCAUCAGCUUUUCAGAAACUAUGUUGCUCGUGUAUCUCAGCUACAAGGGCAACGUUUGGGAGCAAGUGUUACGUGUCCCCUUCAUUCUGGAGAUGAUCAGCGCCGUUCCUUUCAUGAUCACUGUGAUUCUGCCCUCCUUCAGAAAUCUCUUCAUUCCUGUAUUUCUCAAUUGCUGGCUGGCCAAACACGCUUUGGAGAACAUGAUAAAUGAUCUCCACAGGGCCAUCCAGCGGACGCACUCAGCCAUGUUUAACCAGGUGGUGAUACUCAUCAGCACGCUGGUCUGCCUCAUGUUUACGUGCAUCUGCGGCAUCCAACACCUCGAGCGAGCGGGCAACAACCUCACCCUGUUCGACUCGCUCUACUUCUGCGUGGUCACCUUCUCCACGGUGGGCUUUGGAGACGUCACCCCCCAAAUCUGGCCCUCGCAGCUCCUGGUGGUCAUUAUGAUCUUUGUGGCGCUCAUCGUGCUUCCCAUCCAGUUCGAGCAGCUGGCCUUUCUGUGGAUGGAGCGGCAGAAGUCCGGGGGGAACUACAGCCGCUACAGGGCGCAGACGGAGAAACACGUGGUGCUGUGUGUCAGCUGCCUCAAGAUCGACCUCCUCAUGGACUUCCUCAAUGAGUUCUUUGCUCACCCGCGACUACAGGACUACUAUGUGGUGAUCCUUUGCCCAGCAGAGAUGGAUGUCCAGGUUCGGAGGGUCCUACACGUCCCUCUGUGGGCCCAGAGAGUCAUCUACCUGCAGGGAUCUGCUCUCAAAGACCAAGACCUGAUGAGGGCCAAGAUGGACGAUGCUGAGGCCUGCUUUAUCCUCAGUAACCGGUUUGAAGUGGACCGCAUUGCUGCUGAUCAUCAGACUAUCCUCCGAGCCUGGGCGGUGAAAGACUUCGCUCCAAAUUGCCCCCUGUACGUCCAGAUCCUCAAGCCGGAGAACAAGUUCCACGUCAAAUUUGCAGAUCAUGUGGUGUGUGAAGAGGAGUUUAAGUACGCCAUGCUGGCUUUAAACUGUGUGUGUCCCGGUACCUCCACUCUCAUCACUCUAUUGAUCCACUCCUCCAGAGGACAAACGGCGCCCCAAGAGGCCUUCAAGCAACGUGUAGGAGCCUUUCAAGCCCUCAACAGGGAGGGCGGUGCAUGUUCAGCAGACCAAUGGCACCGGACCUACCGGCGCUGCUCAGCCAACGAGGUGCAUCACAUCCGCCUGGAGGAAAGUAAAUUCUUCGGGGACUACCAGGGCAAGAGUUUCACCUUUGCCUCCUUUCAUGCUCACAAAAAGUAUGGCGUAUGUCUGAUCGGCAUUCGCAGAUUGGACACCACCAACAUCCUGCUGAACCCUGGCCCCUGCCACAUCAUGGGGGGCUCUGACACGUGCUUUUACAUCAAUAUCUCCAAAGAGGAGAACUCGGCAUUUGUCAGGGGUCACAGGGAGCCAUCGUGGGGCAGCACGGGAGGAAAUACCAGGGGAGUGCACCAAACCAUCUACCACGGACUCACCCGCCUGCCAGUCCACAGUAUCAUCGCCAGCAUGGGCACAGUGGCCAUCGACCUGCAGGACUCCAGCGACAGCAGCCCAGAAGGCCAGGACCCGGGCAGCACCGUGCUGGGUACCGGAAGAGGAAGCAGGAGCAGCUCCAGGAUGGAGAUGGGCGGCGCUAACACUCUGGCCCUGCCUGCCAUGGGAGAGUCGGCGGAGGAGAGGCGGCACAGCAUCGCCCCCGUCCUGGAGCUGGUGGACGGCGUCAACAACCCCACCUUUGACCUGCUGGGAGACCAGUCAGAGGACGAGGGAGGAGAAGAGGGCAAGGAGGACAGUGACAGAGAAGAGAGUGCCAUCUGGUGGGGUCGACACUGCGAGUGGGUGAAGGGAUACCCGCUGAACUCUCCAUACAUCGGCAGCUCGCCUGCGCUGUGCCAUCUUCUCCAAGAAAAGAUGCCUUUCUGCUGCCUGCGUAUGGACAAGGCUUGUCACCACACCCUUUUUGAGGAUGCCCGCUCCUACGGCUUCAAAAACAAGUUGAUCAUUGUGUCCGCGGAGAGUGCAGGAAACGGUCUGUACAAUUUCAUUGUGCCUCUGCGGGCGUACUACCGACCCAGGAAGGAGCUCAACCCCAUCGUGUUGCUGCUGGAGAGCAUACCUGAAGCAGACUUCCUGGAGGCAAUCUGUUGGUUCCCCAUGGUGUUCUACACAGUGGGCUCCAUCGACAAUCUUGACAGUUUGCUGCGAUGUGGAGUCACUUUCGCCGACACCAUGGUGGUGGUUGACAAAGAGAGCUCCAUGAUUGCAGAGGAGGACUACAUGGCUGACGCGAAGACCAUCGUCAAUGUCCAGACGCUCUUCAGACUGUUCCCAGCUCUUAGUAUCAUCACGGAGCUCACUCACCCAGCCAACAUGCGCUUUAUGCAGUUCAAAGUCAAAGACCACUACUCUCUGGCUCUGUCCAAACUGGAAAAGGAAAGGGAGAAGGGGUCCAACCUGGUGUUUAUGUUCCGCCUGCCCUUCUCUGCAGGGAAGGUGUUCAGUGUCAGCAUGCUGGACACUCUCCUCUACCAGUCAUUUGUGAAGGACUACAUGAUCUCCAUCACCAGGCUGCUGCUGGGUUUAGACUCCAUGCCUGGCUCAGGUUUCCUUUGUGCUAUGAAAAUCACAGAGGAUGAUCUGUGGAUCCGAACCUACGGCAGGCUCUACCAGAAACUGUGCUCCUCCACUGGAGAUAUUCCAAUCGGCAUCUACCGGACAGAGGCACAUAAGCUUCCAGUCUCUGAGUCCCAGGUUUCCAUCACAGUGGAGGACUACGAGGACACCAGAGAACCCAGAGAGCCCCUGUUGUCCCGGACCGGCGUUCACCGUAACAGCACCUCCUCAGAGCCCAUCUCCACCUCCUCCCACUCCUCGGACCACCCGCUGCUCCGGAGGAAAAGCAUGCAGUGGGCACGGCGGCUGAGCAGGAAGGGCGGGCGGAGCUCCAGUGGGGCCAAGGGGGGUCCGGGCAGCGCGGCGGAGAGGAUCAACCAGCAGAGACUGACCCUGUUCAGGCGCUCUGAGCGGCAGGAACUCAACGCCCUGGUGAAAACCAGGAUGAAACACUUGGGCCUUUCUCCAACUGGAUUCAAUGGGAUGACAGACCAAGGCAACAGACUGUCUUAUAUCCUCAUCAACCCUUCUCCAGACACCCGACUGGAGCUGCACGAUGUCGUGUACCUGAUCAGACCAGACCCCCUCUCUCUGGUACCCAAUCAGGGCAGCAGCAGGAAGUGCAGCGCCGGGAUCUCGGAGAGCCACAGGUUUGACACGCAGGACAGCACCCAUCUGUGAGAGACAAAAACAAAAAGACAAAAUACUGUCAGAACACUGCCAGAGAGGAGACACAAAAACCCACUCUUGAGAGAGAAAUCAAGCAACGGUGAGCUGGAAAAGGGAUGCAGCCAGAUGGCACAUGGCCUUCAUAUUUUCUCCACACUCCGUCUCGGUGAACUGAUAGGUGCCGGUCUUGCAUGGACCUUUUCUAUAACGAUGGGAAUGUUUUAUUUAUGCACCUUUCUAUUUUCAAAGCGGAGAGCUGCGGACACAGAAGUGCAUUUAAUGAAAAACUGUAUGUAUUUAUAUAUCUGUGUAUGUGCAUGUUAUGUACUGCAUCAUGUAUGUGCAGUGUGUGUGUGUACUGUAUGUAUGUGUGAAUGAAUGUGUUACGGAUCAAGAGCACGACACUGCCAAGUUGAUCAGGACAGCUGAAGGAAUCUGCUGCCAAACGAACGUCAAGAGAUGUAUUUUUUGUGUCCUUCUGUGUCGUAGAUGCGUUCUGUCAGACUCAAUGUUGUUUGACGUAUUUGAAAGUGACACCACAGUGCACACAUUCCUCUUUUUUUUUUGGUCUUCAUAAAGCCUUUUUGAAACUUUUUACCUGUUGCUUACACAGAGAAACGCACACAUUCGUUUUACGUUCACCAGCAGCGGAGGAAUCCAAAGAGCACCAGUCUCAAUAAUUGACAGACGGCAUACAUCGUCAGUGCAGGGCAUUCAGUCACAUUGCUGUCCGAAGUACGGUCUUGUCUUCAGUUCUGUGAGUUCUCUUAGAACAAACCUGUUUCCUGAGUUUAUUGUCGUUUCUUAAAGUCCCGCCCUACUCUGCUUCUGUCAGUCAGUGUGAGCCGUCCUGCCACCAGCUUGCUUUUUCUGACAUGCAUUUUAGAGAUGCAGAGGAUGGACAAAAUAACAGACACAUAUAUACCACAAACAUACUGCCAUCCAGUACAAUAGCCCUGCAAUAAAUACUACCUUUGUGAAGCUUAUAAUGUUUUUGAGACGGUGUCAGAGAGUUUUGAAUCCAAUUUAUAAGCUUUACAAUUAAAUGGCUGCUGUAUUUAUUGCAUAAUAAAUAUCCACUUUAACAAGUAAUUAGUUUGCUAAUUAAGUGUGUUUUCAUAUUAUGUACGAUUGAUUUGCACCAUGCCCAAGUACUAUUCCCCCCCUCUCCACUCCCCCAAUGUUCAGCUUUCACAUUAGUAAAGUUGGUCCGUACCCAAGUACAUUU